AUGUCCAAAAAGGCACAAAAAACUUUGUUCAAUGAUCAAGAUGCUGCAAUGGCUAAAGCCAUACCCAUCGUUAUGCUUGGCACAAGUCACCGAUUAUGUACUUGGCAUUUGAUGCAAAAUGCAUUAAAACAUGUUAUUUGUAUGUUCCAAGAUAAGAGGGUAAAGGGUGUACUAAAUAAAUUCUUCUUUGACAUUGAAGAUGCAAAUCAAUGGAAGUUAGAGUGGGCAGAAAUGCUUGAUAAAUAUGAUGCGCAUGAAAACCGUUGGUUGAAAUUGACUUUUGCGGUGAAAGCAAAAUGGGGCUGGCCAUAUGUUAGAUCAACAUGUGCUACGAGAAUGAGUACUACACAACUUAGUGAAUCUUUUAAUGCUUUUUUGAAAGAUUACAUUCGUUUUGAUUUUAACUUAAAUGAAUUCUUCAUGCAUUUCAAUAAGGUACUUUACGAGAAGCGAUACAAGGAGUUAGAAGCAGGAUAUGCUUUGUGCCAAAGGUUGUCAAAAGUGAAAACAACAAUAAGAAUGUUAAUUCAAAUGGGUAAUGUGUACACAAAAAAGAUUUUUGAGGAAUUUCAAAAUGAGUACUUUCGAUCCAUUGAAUCAGACAUAGAAUCAAUUGAAUAUGGUGAGGCUAGUACCAUUUACACAGUUGUUGAUGUUGGUAACAAACAUACAAGGAAAGUGAAAAUGGAGAGGGAUGGCUCUUUGGGUUAUAAUUGUACAAAGUUUGAAAUGAAGGGAAUCUUGUGUUGUCACUCAUUAAAGGUUAUUAGAGACAUAUUGAAGAUGAAAGAGGUUUCUCCACAAUAUAUUCUAAGGAGGUGGACCAAACAAACAAGAGCCGAAACUGUGAAGGACAUUAAGGGGAAUGACAUUCAAGUAGAUAUGAAAUUCCAACAAGUCUCGCGGUAUAAGACAUUGAUGAUCGCAUUUAGAGCACUAGCAAGUAAAGUUGUUGAAAUUGAAGAAACUUAUGAUUUUUGUAUUGCACACCUUGCUACAUUAUGUGCAAAUGUUGAACGCAAGUUAAGUGCUUAUUUUGGUGUUAGAAAUGAAGCGAACAAUUUGCAGGAGAUGUAUGUAGUGCCAAAUUCUUUGCCAAAUUCAAUGCCUCAAUGGUAUUCUGCUCAACCAACAUUCCAGUCACUACUUCAAGGUUCAUGUGGAUAUGACAUUGUGUUUCGAUAUUCUCAAGAAUCAAAUAGUCCAAUGUAUAGUCAGGCUACUGACAAGCAGAAACAAAAGCAAACUGAUGCUGAAAUUGGCCUGGAAAGUGAAGUCAUAGCAGCUAUAAUUGUGAAGCAAACUGCUGCUGGAAAGUGA